AUGCCUCCUCUCAUACAUGAGCUCAGCACCGGCUGGUUCUUCAAGCAAAAGAAUGACGCUUCGGGUAAUCCAUGGCUUCCCGUCGCCAAAGUGCCUAGCGAAGUCCAUGUCGACCUCCUAGCCAACAAGAAAAUCCCCGACCCGUUUCUGGACAUGAACGAGCUCGCAGUCCAAUGGGUCGCAGAAAAGGACUGGGUCUACCGCGUCGAGUUCCCGACACCGGCCAGUGUCCCUCCAAAUGCCGUCACGGAUCUCGUCUUCAAGGGCCUCGACACAUUCGCCACCGUCACGCUCAACGGCGCCGAGAUCCUCAGAUCAGACAACAUGUUCCUCGAGCACCGCGUCAACGUCUUGGACCUCCUCCUCACAACAGACGGCAACAACGUCUUGGAAGUGGACUUCGCCUCGGCCCUGCUCCGCGGGAGGGAGCUGGUCGAGACGCACGCGCACCAGCACCGCUUCAUCGCCCGCCAGACGGAACAGGGACGCAUCCCCGUGAGAAAGGCGCAGUACCACUGGGGCUGGGACUGGGGCCCGAUCCUCGUUACCGCGGGCGUGUGGAAACCCGUGUUUCUGGAGACGUACACCGCUCGCGUCGACGACGUAUGGGUCAAGAGCGAAGUGAGUGCCGACCUGGCUGUUGUUUCGGGCCAGAUUGUCGCAAAGACGCAGGGCCGCGGGGCUGGGAAGCUAGUCGUGACAUUCACCCUCGACGGGAAUAGUGUGCUGGAGAAGGAGCUCGCCGUUGACGAGAACGGCACGGCGCAGACGGAGUUCCUGCUGGAAAACCCGUCCCUAUGGUAUCCCUUCACCUACGGCCCUCAAUCGCUGUACACCAUCACUACAACGCUCCUCCACCCCGACGGCAGCGUCCUCGACAGCGUGACCAAGAAGACGGGCUUCCGCCGCGCGGAGCUAGUCCAGGAAUCCGACGACCUGGGCAAGUCAUUCUAUUUCCGCAUCAACAAUGUCGACGUCUUCGCGGGAGGUUCCUGCUGGAUUCCCGGCGACAGCUUCCUCUCGACCAUCACACCCGAGCGCUACCGCGACUGGGCGCGCCUGCUCGUCGAAUCGAACCAGGUGAUGCUUCGCAUAUGGGGCGGCGGGGUGUACGAGGCGACGACCUUCUUGGAGGCGUGCGACGAGAUGGGCGUGCUGGUCUGGCAUGAUUUCUGCUUCGCUUGCGGGAGCUACCCGACGUAUCCAUCGUUUUUGGCGACCGUGGAGGAGGAGGCGAGGCAGAAUCUGAGGCGGUUGAGGGGCCACCCGUCGAUUGUCAUCUGGGCUGGGAAUAAUGAGGAUUACCAGGUCCAGGAGCGGUAUAAACUUGACUAUCGGUAUGACGAGGACAAAGACCCCGAGUCUUGGCUCAAGUCGAGUUUCCCUGCGCGGUACAUUUAUGAGCAUCUCCUGCCCAAGAUCGUGCAGGAGGAGAGCCCUCAUACGGUGUACCAUCCGAGCAGUCCAUGGGGCGACGGGAAGCCAACCGCGGACCCGACUGUCGGAGAUAUUCACCAGUGGAACAUCUGGCACGGCGCAAUGAACAAAUACCAAGACGCCUCGCAACUCACAGGCCGCUUCAUCAGCGAGUUCGGCCAAGAAGGCUACCCGCACCUCUCCACGACCAACGCCAUGCUCACGGCCCCCUCGCAGCGCCGGCCGGGCAGCAUGGCGAUGGACUUCCGCAACAAGGCCUACGACCACGAGCGGCGGAUGAUGACGUACGUCGUCGAGAACCUGUCCGUCAGGUACGACAUCGGGUGGUUCACGUACCUCACGCAGCUGAUGCAGGCCGAGACCAUGUCGUUCGCGUACAAGGCGUGGCGGCGCGACUGGGGACGGCCCGGGAGGAGAGGGUGCGGGGGCGUGCUGGUGUGGCAGCUGAACGACUGCUGGCCGACCGUGUCGUGGGCCGUGGUCGACUACUGGCUUGUGAGGAAGCCUGCGUUCUAUGCGAUCGGGAGGGCGUUGAGGGGGUUGGAUGUUUGCGUUGGGAGGAGGGUUGAUGAGUGGACUAAGUGCCACGCUGAUCCGACUCUCGGGGCUCGGGGGGCGGAGUUUGAGGUUUGGGUUGCGAGUUGUAAGACGGUGGAGGUUGAGGGUGUUGUUGUGGUUAGGUUUGUCUCCAUAGACUCUGGGCAAGAGGUCAAGGAGAAGGUUGAGAGGAGAGUCAUGAUUGCUGCGAAUGGGACCACGGAGGUUUUCGAGAAGACGAAGAUUGAGGCUCUAAAGAGGGAGUUUGAGGAUGAGAGGACGCCAUUCGAUCCCGCGAUGGAUGUGCCGUUCGUCAUCUACGCAACCCUCGAGGUGGAUGGGCAGAUUGUCGCCGAGGACUUUGCGUGGCCCCAGCCGUUGAAGUAUCUCGAGUUUUCGGAUCGCAAAGUCAAGGUCACUGCGAAGGGCGAUAAGCUGUUGGUGUCUGCAGAACGGCCCGUAAAAGGGUUCAUUAUUCAGGAGGAAAGGGGCAUGAAACUGAGUGACAAUGGCUUCGAUCUCGCGCCUGGCGUGGAAAAGGUUGUCGAGGUCAAAGGGAUCGAGUUUGAGAAGUUGCGGUGGACGUAUCUAGGAGCACCGAAGUCUUCGAUCGGUUUAUCGGAAUAG